GUUUAGUUGUGCUAAAACUAGCUUCAGCGCGGCCAACGAAAUGGUGGAAGAGUACAUAAGCGAAUCACAAUGGAAAUGUCUCAUCCACAAAAACAGCUAUUUCUCAUAUGACAAUUUCCGAAAAGCUGCAUCCGGAAUGAUACAGCGGGGGUUUCUAAACGAAGGCUCUUCGGAUGAUCGGGUUCGCGAACUGGCUGCUUUUUUGGCUCAUUGUGCCUAUUCGACGGACAACUUUCGGCACAGAGAGGAGACUAAUCCAGAUGGUAAACCUUAUUGUCAGUUCUACGGCAGAGGACCGCUGCUUCUCACUUGGCAAAGCAAUUACGCCGAGUUUAGCCAGUACUACUUUGACGAUGAGGAGACCUUACUCAACGAUCCAGAUAUUGUGUCACGCGACGGUGAAGUCGGCUUUGCAUCGGCCAUCUGGUAUUGGUUGACAAAACCGAACGGGGAAAGGUGUGCGCAUCGAGGAAUAUAUCGGCAGCUAUGUCCCAACCGCUCCUGGGGCUUCGGGCGUACAAUCAUGGCUAUCGGUGGCAGCACAGAAGCGGACACCGCGGAAGGUGAGACUGGGGAAGAGAAAGGUCAACGAGUAACACGCCGGAUUGAAUACUACCGAAACAUCGCUGAAGGCUUGAAAGUAUUAAUCGGCCGUUACGGGGAGCAACUGGACACCCAAGGAAUGCUUAUAUGACCAUAGUGUUUUCACUUACUGGGAUACCAGCAAUACUUUAAGACCACUAUUCAUGUGCUGCAUGCUUAAUAUGUGGUAGUUCCACUUGAACGCACAUACCUCUUUUUUGGAUAUUUCGUUAUAUGAGAACACUACACGUUAUAAUAAAAUA